CGGCCCGGCCCAGCGCCAUCGCGGCCCCCACGUGGGGCGGCGGCGCUGCCCGAUGACGCCUGCAAGAGGCGCCGGCCCCGGGUCUCCCCGCCCCGCGGAGAGCGGCAGAGCCACGCGAGGAGGGUGGUACAGCGACGGGAAUGACGGUGAACACACCGCUGUGCUUUAGAGGAAAGAAGAUCCUGGCUCCAAUGGUGCGAGUGGGCACCCUGCCAAUGCGUCUGCUUGCUCUGGACUAUGGUGCCGAUAUCGUGUACUGCGAGGAGCUGAUUGACAUAAAGAUGCUGCAGUGUAAGAGGGUUAUAAAUGAAGUACUUGAAACAGUGGAUUUUGUGGCACCUAAUGAGAGAAUUGUUUUCAGAACUUGUGAAAGGGAGAGAGAACAUGUUGUCUUCCAAAUGGGUUCAGCAGAUGCUGAAAGAGCCUUGGCAGUAGCUAAGCUUGUAGAGAGUGAUGUGGCUGGUAUUGAUAUCAACAUGGGAUGCCCAAAAGAGUAUUCUACUAAGGGAGGUAUGGGAGCAGCGCUGCUGUCUGAUCCUGACAAAAUAGAGUCUAUAUUGACCACCCUUGUUAAAGGAAUUUGUAAACCAGUAACCUGCAAAAUCCGCAUUUUGCCCUCAGUUGAGGAUACUGUGAAUCUGGUGAAGAGAAUAGAGAAAACUGGCAUUGCUGCCAUUGCAGUCCAUGGAAGGAAGAAGGAGGAGAGGCCGCAGCACCCUGUCCACUGUGAUGUGAUCAAGGCCAUAUCUGAAGCUGUCUCCAUUCCAGUAAUAGCAAAUGGAGGAUCUCAUGACUUCAUCAAAGAAUAUGCAGACAUUGAGACCUUCCAGAAAGCAACAGCUGCCUCAUCAGUCAUGAUUGCUCGUGCUGCCAUGUGGAACCCCUCUAUCUUCAGAAAAGAGGGGUUUUGCCCUUUGAAGGAUGUCAUGCAAGAUUACAUCAAAUAUGCAGUGAGAUAUGAGAAUCACUACACCAACACUAAAUACUGCUUGUGUCAGAUGUUAAGAGAGCAGCUGGAAACUACUCAGGGUAAGAAGCUGCACGCUGCACAGACAACACAGGAGAUCUGUGAAGUCUUUGAAAUGGGUGACUUCUAUGAAGAAACCACAGCUAUUUUUGAAGCAAAGAAAACAUCUUUAGAAACCAAGAUGCAGGAUGAAGAUGACCAAAUGGAAGAUCCAGAUGUAAUAAAAAUGGCUGUUAGAUUUGACAAGCGAGAAUAUCCACCACAGAUCACUCCCAAAAUGUAUCUUCUGGAAUGGUGUAGGAAAGAAAAGCAUCCUCAGCCUGUUUAUGAAACUGUUCAAAGACCACUGGAUAGAUUAUUCUGUUCAGUAGUGACAGUAGCUGAGCAAAAAUACAGAUCAACUCUGUGGGACAAGUCCAAGAAACUGGCAGAACAGGCUGCAGCUAUUGUCUGUCUGAGAACACUGGGUGUCCCAGAGGGAAAACUCUCAGAGGGAGAAAAUCACCUGAUUAACAAACGCAAGAGGGGAGACCAGGAGCGCUUGAUUAGCAGAGACCAUGGAGAGGAUCUUGCUGAGCCUUCCCAUAAAAAAGCUAAUUUUAUUGAAGAAACUUCUGAUAUGAAUGUGCCGAAGAUGCCACGAUAGCAUGGAAAGUCGAGGUUCCAUACCCAUGCAGCUACCAAUGAGCUCCUGUUUGUAUAUCUUGCUGUUCACAUUUCAUUUGGAUUCUCUCAGAGACAGAUAAAUUUCCCAGUUGUGAAAAAUGCCACUGAGAUGUUUACUGUUCACCACUCACCGUCCCUAUGGUGCCUUUCAGAUGAUAAUUAGGAACUUGAUUUUAAAGAACAUGGAGAAGUUAAUCCCAAUAAUAAACUUUUUUAAAAUAUCAGGUAUUUUCAAAG